UUUACUUUACACCAUUAGCAAAUUAGCAAACGCCACUCCACUCCAGACAGCAUUACCGCUUUCGUUCUCCGACGAUCCCUUCCGCCUUCCGGUCUCCCGUUGCAGAGUCCUCUCCCUCCUACAUUGCUGUCGUGUUCUAAUUUCGGAAGCCUGAGAUUGUUCCCGUCUCUUCCUCAUCCAAUCGGAUUGGUUCGGGGUUCCUUCAAUCUUUAGGGUUUCUUCGAAUUACUGCGCCGGGUUCUCGAGUUUCUGAAGAUGGUUGAGACAGAGAGAUCAUUGGUCGAAGAUCAAGAGAUUGCCACCAAGUCUCCGUGGAAGACGACGACUCCUCCGGUGGAAAGUGUCGACGCUCCGGUUAUGGGAGCUGAGUCGUGGCCCGCACUCGCCGACGCGCAACAGCCUCGGCCGAGGAAUUCUCCGGCUCCGGAGAUGGCGGGUGCCAAUAGGGUUCCGGUUUCUAAUCAGCUUGCUGCUGCACCGACAAAAUCACAGGCUGGGGGUAACAAUAAUCAUGCUCACAAGAACCCAUUCAACCGCCCAUCAAAACCAUUCUCUAGGCGCAAUCCAAAUGCUCCUGUUCAUAUUCCUCCUUAUUCAGUACACCCCCCACCUUUUAUCCCACCAGGCAUGCCACCUGCUCAUCCGGCUAUGGUUCAUCCACCGCAUGCUCCUGUCCCAGAUUACUUUUAUGGUCCUUGUCCUCGAUACCCGAUUCCCGGAGCUCCUUUUCCAAAACCUGGAAACCAGAAACAAGGGCAUCCUUCCCCACUUGCACCUGUUCUUCCAGUGCCUCAAGGAGGGCCCCGACAGCCGUGGCAACACCCAAGGGCUUUUGACCCAAGAAACAUGCCACCAAACCCUGUACCGGGGAAUUUUAUGAGACCUCCUCCAUUUAUGUCUUCAGGACCUGGACAUAUGGGUGGUCCAGGCUUUCCUCUCGGGCCUGACUGCUAUAUGCCUAUCGCACCUCCUGGAGCUAUUGGAGAUCCUUAUCUUCCGCACUUUGCUCCAUAUCCCAUAAACUAUGGUCCAUCAGUAUUGUCUCCAGAAAAGCUAGAGUUACGCAGUAGGAUAAUCAAGCAAGUAGAGUAUUAUUUCAGUGAUGAAAAUCUUCAGCGUGAUCGAUACCUGAUUGCCCUGAUGGAUGACUAUGGCUGGGUCCUUGCAAGCAAAGUUGCCGAAUUCAGAAGGAUUAAGGCGAUGACUACGGACAUACAAUUUAUUCUCUAUGCAUUGCGGUUCUCAAGCUCCGUAGAAGUCCAGGGUGACAAGAUGCGGAGACGUGACCAUUGGUCUAAAUGGAUUCCUGAAAGGCCAACCUCAGAGGAGAAAGUUCCCUCAAAAAAUGACCUUUUAGAAAAUUCCAUAAAGGCGAUUUCACUCAAGAGCUCUGUAGAGGGAUCUGAGCCCUCAAGAAUCAAUUGUGAUGAAACUGAAAAACUGGAAUCGCCUAUCGACAAACAGAAAAGGGUGGAUGACUUGUCAAGUGAAUUUUCAAACACAUUUAUGCUCGACGAAGAACUGGAGCUAGAGCAGAAAAGCCCGGGAAAGAUUGGACUUUCCAUAUCUGGAAGGAUCGAGGAGGAAGAUGAUGAGAUAGUUGUUGAUGAUCAGGAUGUUCAGAAACUUGUAAUUGUCACCCAAAAUAGCGGUAAAGGUGAUGGAGUUAGAACUGGUGUGACGAAAUCAAAAGCCAUCUCAAAGGAGCUUGCAUCUGCAAUAAAUGAAGGUCUCCACUUCUUUGAGCAGGAGCUGAAAAAGAAGAAAUCUAGCUAUAAAAGGAACAUCUCCAAUCCAGAGAGUAGAGAUGUCAAAGUGAAGUCUGAAGCUACUGGAGGAGGAUUCAACAAAGCAAGCGAAUGUUCUUCAGCAAAUGAUGGAGGUGAAGACAAUGGUGUCACUAAUUCUUCUCGGAGGAAGCAAAACAAGGGAGCACACAAACACCAUGUGUGUCAGAGGUUCUUCUCGAGCAACUACAGGAACCGAGGAGCCAAUCACCAAACUCAUGGAAAUAUCUCAGAAAGCCCUCCUAGUAGCUCUGUUGGAUAUUUCUUUGGUUCUACACCACCUGACAGCCAUGGGCACAGGCCUUCAAAAUUGAGUGUAUCCCCUCAGUGUCCUCUCGCUGGAAGCAGUCCGCCUGUGGGCUCAUUGCCAAAAUCAUUUCCACCGUUUCAGCACCCAAGCCACCAACUGCUGGAAGAAAACGGAUUUAAACAUCAGAAGUACUUGAAGUAUCGCAAGCGUUGCUUAAAUGAAAGAAGGAAGCUGGGGAUUGGAUGUAGUGAGGAAAUGAAUACCCUAUACAGAUUUUGGACAUAUUUCCUCAGAGAUUUGUUCAAUCCUACGAUAUAUGAGGAUUUCCGGAAGUUUGCCCUCGAGGACGCAGAGGCUCAUUACAAUUAUGGAUUGGAGUGUCUCUUUAGAUUUUAUAGUUAUGGUCUGGAGAAACAAUUCCAGGAGGACAUUUACAAGGACUUUGAGCAGCUAACCCUCGAGUUCUACCAUAAAGGAAACCUAUACGGCUUGGAGAAAUAUUGGGCAUUCCACCAUUACCGGGGUGACAAAGAACCGUCAUUGCAGAAGCACCCCGACCUCGAGAAGCUACUCAACGAAGAAUUCCGCAGCUUAGACGAUUUCCGAGCCAGGGAAUCCACCACCAGACAUUAGAAGACCGAAGCCAAAAAAGAAGAAGAAGAAGAAAGGAAGGUGUUACUACAGAACAGACUAGUCACUUUUUUGUUUUACUUCCUUUUUGUGGUGGGAGAAGGGAAGCCAAGAUUUGCCCCCUCUUGUUUUCAGUGUCUUUUGGGCAAAGAAAAAAGUCUUUAGAUCUUUUUUGCCUGAAGAUUUUUUUUGUAAAUUGGUUCUUUCUGGGAUGUCUGGUCCUUUUUCCGGCAAAGAGUUUUGCCCGAUCUCCUCGGUUGUCACUUUCAUUUGUACAUAUACUGAAUAGAGCCAGCCCCCUCUUAUCCCUAUUAUUAUUAUUCUUUUUUUUUGGAAAAAAAAGGGGGGAAAGGAGAGAUUUUAGUGGUUUUGUAGGAAAAGUAAGAGAUGUUUACUUGAGAUUUUUAUUUUUAAUUUAGUUUAUUUUUUUUUC